AUGAGAAUUACAAAGUACCACCCCGCCAUCCCACUUCAAAUCAACACAAACGGAGGCUUAAGCUCCCAACACAACGCAACGCUCUUGAAGAUGAAGCAAAGAUUUUCUUCCUUAGAUGUCAAAGUCAUAGCCCACGAACUAUCGAAUGCCCUCACCACACUUCGAGUCGCGAACAUCUAUGACCUCUCCUCGAAAAUCUUCCUCGUAAAAUUUGCAAAGCCCGAUAAUAAGCAACAAAUCGUUAUCGACUCUGGGUUCCGAUGCCAUCUGACCGAAUACGCUCGAGCGACUGCCGCCGAGCCAUCAGACUUUGUGAGGCGGUUACGGAAGUUCUUGAAGACACGAAGAGUCACAUCCGUAUCACAAAUAGGCACAGAUCGAAUCAUUGAGUUUCAAUUUAGCGAUGGCCAAUAUAAACUCUUUCUAGAGUUCUACGCAUCUGGAAAUGUGAUCCUUACGGAUAAAGAGUUAAAUAUCCUCGUCCUUCAGCGCAUUGUACAUGAAGGAGAAGGGCAGGAAGAGCUUCGUGCUGGUCUGAAAUACUCACUAGAGAAUAGACAAAAUUACGGCGGGAUUCCCGAGCUGACGACGGAGCGAUUACGGAAUGCGCUGCAGAAAGCUGUCGACAGGGGGGAAGAACAGCCCGUUGCUAGGAAGAAAGGAAAGAAGAAUUCUGCUGAUGCUUUAAGAAGAGCUCUGGCCGUUUCAAUCACAGAGUAUCCGCCUAUGUUGGUUGAUCAUGCAAUGCGGGUCACGAACUUUGACUCGAGCGUCAAGCCCGCCGAGGUACUGCAAAGCGAAGUGCUACUUGGUGCACUCAUGCGGUCAUUACAAGAAGCCAAGAGAGUGAUUCAUGAAAUUACAAGCUCAGAGGUCUCUACGGGUUAUAUAAUCGCGAAGAAGAAGGAAGGAUAUGAGAAGUCGCUGGAUGCAGACGACAUCGAAACUGGCUUGAUGUACGAUGAUUUCCACCCCUUCCGGCCUCGCCAAUUCGAAGGUGGGGAUGACACAGUAUUCCUGGAGUUUGAAGGAUUCAAUAAGACUGUUGAUGAGUUCUUCUCUUCAAUUGAGGGCCAGAAGCUAGAAUCGAAACUGCAGGAGAGGGAAUUGACUGCCAAAAGGAAAAUUACAGCUGCCCGGCAAGAUCAGGCUAAGCGGCUCGGUGGAUUGCAAGAGCUUCAAACCAUGAAUGAGCGCAAAGCCGGUGCCAUAGAAGCCAAUGUCGAGAGAGUGCAAGAAGCUAUGGAUGCUGUAAAUAGCCUCAUCGCGCAGGGCAUGGAUUGGGUUGAGAUUGGCAAGCUCAUUGAAGUAGAACAGACCCGAAACAAUCCAGUUGCAUCUAUUAUACAAUUGCCAUUAAAGCUCCAAGAGAACACGAUCUCAUUAUUGCUAGAUGAGGAAGCUUUUGGUGACGACGACUCAGCGUACGAGACAGACAGUGAUGUCUCGGACAGCGAGGAUGAAGAGGCCAGGAAGCCAAAACCGAAACAGAAAAGUGUGGAACAGAGGUUGACUAUCGAUAUCAAUCUCGGACUCUCUCCAUGGAGUAACGCCAGGGAGUAUUAUGAUCAGAGAAGAUCUGCAGCGACGAAGGAGCAGAAGACCCUUGAAUCAUCAACAAAAGCGCUCAAGAGCCAGGAGGCGAAGAUCGCUCAAGAUCUGAAGAAAGGGCUAAAGCAGGAGAAGGCUAUCUUGCGACCUGUUCGGAAACAAAUGUGGUUUGAAAAGUUUAUCUGGUUCAUUUCGUCGGAUGGGUAUCUGGUCCUUGGUGGGAAGGAUGCUCAACAGCAUGAAAUGCUAUACAAGAAGUACCUGAAGAAGAGUGAUGUGUAUGUCCAUGCCGAGAUAGAAGGCGCAACUCCAGUCAUCAUUCGCAACAUUUCGAAGGAUUCUAGUGCGCCUAUUCCUCCAUCUACGCUAUCACAGGCUGGAAACCUAGUGGUGGCAUGCUCAAACGCUUGGGACUCGAAGGCCGGCAUGUCAGCUUGGUGGACACACGCUGAUCAAGUCUCAAAAUCCGCACCUGGAGGGGGUUUCCUCCCACCGGGGAGCUUUUCUAUUCAUGGAAGUAAGAAUUUCCUUCCUCCGGCUCAGUUAUUGCUUGGGUUUGGAGUCGCUUUCCAGAUCAGCGAGGAAAGCAAGGCAAACCAUGUGAAACACAGAGUCCAGGACCUACCGAACGAAGACCCGGCUGCAGAGAGGAUCCGUGCAACUCAACCCAGUGCUGAGGAUGUUGAAGCCGAUCGGGAAAUAGAUUCCGCUGAUAAUGAGAACCUUGGGGUGGAUCGAGAAGAACAAGAAUCGGAUGAGGAAGGCCAAGGUCCAAGACUAAACCCCCUACAAAAUCGAUCUAAAGACUUGCUCCUCAACUCAGUCGGCCACGAAAGCCCUAUAACCCAGGACAUGGCCACAAUUCAAAUCAGUGAACCCAAUCCAGUAGAAUCUCUACAACAGGAUGACAGUGAUCCUGAGGAUGCUAACGAAACGGAAGCCCAGUACUCAACUGGGGCACAGACUCCGAGCCAGCAAGGCAACAAUACGAAAGACGCUCCACUCAAACGAGGCAAAAAGGGGAAGGCCAAGAAGAUCGCAAGGAAAUACAAAGACCAGGAUGAAGAAGACCUCUUGGCCGCUCAACAACUCAUCGGUGCCUCAGCUGGCUUGGAAAAGGCGCGGGCAGAAGCCGAGGCAAAGGCAAAGCGAGAAGCCGAGCUUGCUUUCCAGAAAGAGCGACGAAGAGCCCAGCAUCAACGGACACAAGAAGAGACCGCUGCCCACGAGGAGAUGCGCAAGAUGAAUCUAGCACACGGGGUAGAUGAUUUUGAUGAUCAGGAAGAGUGGCAGAUGACUGCCUUGGAUACCCUCGUCGGCACACCACUAAGGGGUGAUGAGAUAUUGGAAGCGAUCCCCAUCUGCGCCCCUUGGGCUGCACUGAGCCGAUUCAAGUAUAAAGCGAAGUUACAACCAGGGGCUCAAAAGAAGGGAAAGGCCGUCAAGGAGAUUGUGGGCAGGUGGUUGGCUGAUGCUACGUCGAAGGGGAGGGUUGAUGAACGGAGUGAAGACCCUGAGCUCAUGUGGCCAAGGGAAGUGGAUCUGGUGAAGGGCUGGAAGGUGGAAGAAGUCACUAAUACUGUCCCCGUCAGUAAAGUGAGGGUUAUGAUGGCUGGUGGGUCAGCAGGCGGCGCAGCAAAGGGCGCUCAGGGGAAGCCAAAGGGCUCGAAAGGUGGGAGUGGCAAGGGAAGUAAAAAGGCACGAUAG